CUCUCGUAAGCCUACUCCGCCCCCAGUCCGCCUCGCUGCUUCCCCGGUCUGGCGCGCCUCCGGCAGCCUCCUCCCAUCAGAUCCUCCACCCGCCCUCCUUCUCUUCUCCGGCGUCGUUGGCCGCCGUGCCUGGAUCCAGCGAAGUCGUACCUCCAUUUCUCCUCAUAUCUCAACAUAUUCUCACCUCUCUCCUUCGCAUCCCUCAAUUUCACAGUUCGUGCCCUAGAUCUUCUUCCAAAAUGUUAUCACCUCAAGGAUCUCCGCCGCGAUUAGCUCCGGCGACGCUGGAUGCCGCCGCCUCUGAAAUUGGCGAGGCAGUCGCCGUCCUCUGUUCUCACCUACUCAUUCACACACACACGGCCACCUUAUCCCACCCAGCGCCUUCCCUCUCCCUUCAUCCCACUCUCACCUCUACCCCACCACCUCAAAACCCAAUUUCCUUCCCCUUUUCCCCUCCCCAAACCCUUCAAUUCCGGAAUCUCCGCCUCCAUUUCCGCCCCCGCUAUUCCCAAACCGGCUCCGGAAAUUCUGAUCGGGUCAACCCGGACAGUCACCUACUGGUCGCCCUCGGUCUCACCGCCUCGAAAUUCUUCGCCCACAGACUCCUCAAUUUGGCGGUACAAUUGAAGGAGCCUCUGCUCUGCAGCGCGGGCCCUACCUUCUUCGCGGCGGCCAAGGACGUGCCCACGGUGUCGCUGAACACGCCGUUCACGGUGGUGGCGGCGGGGAUGGCAAAGUGGCUGGAUUUGUACAGCGGGGUUUUGAUGGUGCGCGUGCUGCUGAGCUGGUUCCCCAACAUCCCGUGGGACUGCCAGCCGCUCUCUACAAUUAGGGAUUUGUGCGAUCCCUAUUUGAACCUCUUCAGGAACAUAAUUCCCCCCAUUUUCGACACCUUGGAUGUGAGCCCACUCUUGGCUUUCACGGUUUUGGGAACGCUGGGCUCGAUUCUCAACAGCAGCAGGCAAUCUUAUUGAUGUUUUUGAUUGGAUAUCAAUAGAAGCGAAUUGGGGUAAGUUUUGUAGCAGUUUUGAUUGUUGCUAUAUGCGAAGUUUUGCUCUGAAUCUUUGGAUUGCUAUUUUACAUAUGGAAUAAAGAUUUCUCACAGAUAAAAAAUGAGAUGUAUUACCAAAUGUGACAGAUUUUUCCAUUGCCUUAAUGAAGAAAACAGGAUAAACAUCAAAAUCAAAUCUGCAGGAAGCCAAUAAUCCACUGUAUUCUAUUUUGAGCCUUCAUUGUCAUAGAUGCUUCUGAUAACUUUCUGGGUUGAGACUUUGGGUGUAGCUGAAAAUUGGUAUAUUAGCUUGAAAUUAUUUUUUGUGGAUGAUAAAAUUAUGCUUUGUUUUCUGGUUGCAGAUUGAGAUUGAAGUUUCAUGUGAGAGAUACAGGUGGAUAGACAUGCUUAACUUCUUUUUAUUGAGAAUUAGUCUUUAAUAAUUUGUAGCUAAAACAUCAGGGCUUUUGUUAAAGACUUUGAGGUAUAACUUGCUAAAUUCCUUUUGCCCUGAAUUCCUUUUAGUUUAUUCUAAUAUGGGUGCUACAUUGCACAUUUAUCCACAUUUAUGCUUCAGCUAAUUUAUUUGAUUAUAGAAUUCACAUUUAAAGCCCGUCAUUUUUUCUCAGGUAUUCUUAUAUAUGAUGUUUCUCUCAAGCCUUUUUUACCUUUUCUUUUACUAUUUGUGAUCCGAGAUUCCGAAGAUGAUUCCAAGUAAGUGUCAGUUGUUAAGUGAAGUAUUUUUCCGUUAUCCCUGUUUUAAUUAAGGGUUUUUAUUUUCUAUCUAUAUGUUAAUAUGCAGAAGACAGUCUGCUACAUGUAAAAGCGGAGGUUAUGCCAAUGAUUCAAAGAGUGGUGUCAAGAAUUUGGAGAAGGGAAAAAAGUAAACCAUAUAAAUCUAUGAGUUCCAGAGUUGAAAGUAAAGUUUUGGCUGAUAUUGUCAAUGGGAACUACAUAUUUUCAAAAACUGAACAGGGGAAAAGCUCUAUACCUGGGAAAGGAAAAAGUGAUAAGGUGUUAUAUUACAUCAAGAGGAAGCCCUAUCUGUUUUUCAGUUUAACAAAGAGGAAGAUGACAAAAUGCGUGCGACAACUGCAAAUGUUGCUGCUGUUCGAGCUGCUACUAGAGUGGGUGAUAUUACAUCAAGAUAGCAAAUUUUGUUAUUUUUCUUUUGACAUACGAUUGAUAGAACAUGUGUUUCUGUUAACUCUAUUUGGAUGGUGAUUGUAUGAAUAUUUUGAAUGAUAUAUGACAUGAUUUAUAGAUGAUUUUAUUA